UGACACUGGCCCCUUGCUGAUAGGUCUCUGCACAUUUUAGUUCUGGCUAUAAGCUUAUUCAUAACUGGGGUGGGCAGAUAGGAUUUGAGGAUGAGUGGGGUUUGGCUGCAUCCACUUGCAUCUCUAGUCAUGAAUAGCAGGGAAGAGGCGGGGCUCAUGUGUAAUGUAGCAUCAGGGGGAGGAAUCGCUUAUGUAACUGGGACAACAGAUUUAGCAGGUAGAGGAGGCAGAGGCUUUGGAUGGGAACAGUAAGCUGUCGGCAGGGGCAACAUGCCCGGGUGGUUGCUUCUCAUAAGCAGGGUGGCAACAUCCAGGGUCCCUGGGUCCGAGGCUGGAAGAGCCUCUGGUCAGGUGUGGGAACUACCAGGUCAGGUCUGGAAGAGCUGUGGGGACUACGGGGGCAUCAGUGCCUACACCAGGAGCCCCUGGAGCCGACCCCGUUGCUAAUAGAGAAGCCUCUGUCUGAGUGGCCAGUGCCUCAGUUCGUCAACCUUUUUCUGCCGGAGUUUCCCAUUAGGCCUCUUACAGGGCAUCACCAGCUGAAGAUUUUAGGACUUGUGGCUAAAGGCUCCUUUGGAACAGUCUUCAAGGUGCUAGAUUGUGACCAGAAAGCAGUAUUUGCAGUGAAGGUGGUGUCCAAGGUAAAGGUCCUACAGAGGGACAUCCUGAGGCAGUGCAAAGAGGAGGUUAGCAUCCAGCGACAGAUCAACCAUCCUUUUGUACACGGUUUGGGGGACAGCUGGCAGGGAAAACGACACCUCUUCAUUAUGUGCAGCUACUGCAGUACAGAUCUGUGCUCCCUGUGGUCCUCUGUCGGCUGCUUGACUGAGGCUUCCAUCCGCCUCUUUGCUGCUGAACUGGUUCUGGUGCUGUGCUAUCUCCAUGAUUUGGGCAUCAUCCACCGAGAUGUGAAGAUGGAGAAUAUCCUUCUGGAUGAACGAGGCCAUGUGAAACUGACAGACUUUGGUUUGUCCCGCCACCUGCCCCAGGGAGCCCGAGCCUAUACUAUCUGUGGCACCCUUCAGUACAUGGCCCCAGAGGUCCUGAGUGGAGGGCCUUACAACCAUGCUGCUGACUGGUGGUCCCUGGGUGUCUUGCUUUUCUGUCUGGCAACUGGGAAGUUCCCAGUGGCUGCAGAGAGGGAUCAUGUGGCCAUGUUGGCAAGUGUGACACACUAUGAUUCUGAGGUCCCAGCUUCUCUUAACCAGGGGCUCUCACUCCUGCUCCAUGAGCUCUUAUGCCAGAAUCCCCUCCACCGUCUACGUUAUUUGCAUCACUUCCAGGUCCACCCUUUCUUUCGGGGUGUGGCCUUUGACCCAGAGCUCCUACAGAAGCAGCCAGUGAACUUUGUCAUGGAGACACAAGCUACCCAGCCCAGUCCAUCGGAGUCCAUGCUUUUCAAGAACUUUGACUGUAACCUGGAGUCCUACCUGGUCCAUCCCAGCCUUGCUUGAGCCCCUCUACUGUAGAUUGGGGCCUGAGAACCCAAGGAUCUCCUCCACUGCCAACUCAGUAUGACCACUUUGAUGAUCUUGUUUGUUUUUACUCUGUAGCCUCUUACUAUUCUGUUCUUCUACUUGUUGGACCAGAGUUCAAAUCUUGUGCAUUCUGCUAUUGGCAGCCACAAUUGGCCCUACCCCUCCCUACUCCCUAAUACAACUCACCUCUCAAUUCAACAUCUCGGAUCAGUGUUGACCUUUUCCUUCGCUGCAUUUCUCCAAUGCUCAUACCCUGAAGCUUUCAACCAGAGGCUUAUUCUACUUUUCCCUUUCCUUGUUUCUCUGCCGUAUUUCCUUUCUUGAGAAGUAACACUUCAUGGAGUCUCAAGGUGCUGUUUAUGUGUUUUAUAGGUUUCUCAGAAGUAGUAUGAAUGUUUUUCAAAAGUCUCAAAAGCUGGCAUUUUAACCCCUAAAUAUGUAGCUAAAACAUGUGAUCUGGGGGCUCAAAGCCAGUCUGUGAUAAAUCUAAUGUUUAAAAAUUUCAAAAGUGAAUCUAAUAGCCUAAAUGUGAGGAAUAAGAACUGAAAUAUGGAUGGGUUAAAUGUCUUUUCUAGGGCUAAUUGGAACAGCUAUUGAAUUUUUUUUCCAAAACAAAGUCUCCUUGGAAGACACAAGGAUUAUUAAACUGAGUAUUUCCCUAGAUGACCUGGGAUUCAGUUUCUGAUGGGCAAACCAAGGGAUUAAGAGGCAUGACAUCAGCCUUAAGAUCUAAGGUUAGAGAUGUACUUCAAAAACCUUUCCUUUUUUGUUUUUUAAAUGUAUAUUUUUUAAUGUUUGCUUUUGAGAGAGAGACAGAGCGUGAGCAGGGGAGGGGCAGAGAGAGAGGGAGACAUAGAAUCCGAAGCAGGCUCCAGGCUCUGAGCUGUCAGGACAGAGUCACAUGUGGGGCUCGAACUCACAAACCGUGAGAUCAUGACCUGAGCCAAAGUCGGACACUUAACUGACUGAGCCACCCAGGUGCCCCUCCUUUUUAUUUAAAAAAAAAAAAAUGUUUAUUUUUGAGAGAGAGAGAGAAGGAGAGCAUGCAGGGGUGGGGCAGAGAGAGAAAGAAGAGAGAAUUCCAAGUAGGCUCCACACUGUCCCUGCAGAGCCUGAUGCAGGGCUCAAAGUCACAAACCAGGAGAUCAUGACCUGAGCCGAAAUCAAGAGUUGGAUACUUAACCAACUAAGCCACCCAGGCACCCUGAACCUUUUUCUUUAGUAAGGAAAGUCAUCUGGACCUUUAAUUUUAUACAUUUCUGGCAUUUAUAACUUGUUUUCAUUUUUCUAAACUUCUCAAAACCUUCAUUUAAAACAAUUUUUUUUUUUAAACUCUGUUUAUUGAAGUAAUCUCUACACCCACUGUGGGGCUCGAACUCAACCCCAAGACCUAGAGUCACAUGCCUUUCGGACCAAGCCAGCCAGGCACCCCUCAAAACCUUCAUUUUAUUAUCCUUCAGUUAUAUUUGAUCUCUCUUUACAAACCAAAGAGAGUCUGGAAAGUACUCUGUGUACUUGUGUUUAUUAAUUCUGUCCCUGGAUUAAGCCAGAUUUUCCCUGUAUAGCUGGCAUUUUAUUGGCCUCUGCAGAAUUGCUUUUUCUGGAUUGUACUUCGGCAAUCCGUAGGAAAAUCCCUGUGAAAUUUAAUAGCUGUGGCUAUUGUAAAGGGUGUUUAUCAUUACAAUUCAUAAUGUUCUGUUUAAGGAUGCAUGGGAAAAAUUUCCUCUGAAUUCAGCUGUGCUUUUCCUGAAUUGCUGUUUGAUUUUACCUUAAAGACAUUAAAUAUUCAACUGACUGUAAUUUUUUCUUCAUAUCAGUGCUAUGCCACUUAGAGCCUAAUUUGUGGUCCAUUUCCAGCAAGUGUUUAGGACUUCACAUCGUAUAUUUUGUAUGCUAGCCACAUUCUUGGUUCCAUCUUCCUUUCCUAUCUUUAUUUUCCUUAUUUUCAUUUUUCUGUUUUAAUCUUUUUUUCUUACUGUAUUAUCUGCAUCUUUGUAAGCCUUUUUUGGAAUGAGAUUGGGAUAUAAAUGAAUAAAUAAAUGUAACAGUA